AAACCACAUCCGGGUUGGUCACUUCUUGCAUAAUCGGCUCAUCAUAAAUAGGUAAGGAGGAUCAUUCUUCCAAAACAAGAAUUUGACUCAGAAAAUGGCAUCAUUCUCAAUGUUCAAAUUUACCCUUCUUCUAAGCCUUCUUGUUGUGUUUGUCAAAGGGGAUCCUGAUAUCACAGAUGAUUUCCUGAUCCCUUCAAACGUUAAUCCAAACUCCAUUGAUGGAAACUUCUUCACCUUUACGGGCCUGCGUAAAAUCGUCGGUUCAAAUGUUCCCGAUUUCAGGGCAACUAAAGUAACUAAGACAGAAUUCCCUGCACUGGAUGGGCAGGGUGUUUCUCUUUCCAUCCUUCAGUUUCCUCCUGGAAGCAUCAAUCCACCACAUAGUCAUCCUCGAUCGUGGGAGGCGCUUUUCGUGUUGAGUGGCAGCGUCGAAUUAGGAUUUAUCGAUCCAUCAACGGGCAAACUCAAUAAUAAGACCAUGCCCACUAAUUACUUCUAUGUGGUUCCUCAGGGAACUAUGCAUUACCAGCAGAAUGCCAAUAAGUCAGCAGCAGCUUCUGUGUUAUCCGCGUUUGGAAGUUCAAAUCCAGGGACGAUUUCUCUUCCGACAGCCCUAUUUGGAACAGGGGUUGAUGAUAAAAUCCUGUCAAGAUCAUUUGCUACUGAUGUGGAUACCAUCAAAAAAAUUAAGGCUGCUUUUGGAGGAACCAAAUUUUAGAUUUAUCCAAAUAUAUUACUUAGUAAUAUGUACAAGUAUCCUCUGUACCACAUGUUCCAAAUGUAAUAAAUUCUGGUAUCAUUGAAGGAUUUGUCAGCAAUGUAUACUAUGAGAUUUUCAAUGAUACAAAUUCUUGAAAUUCA